GCUAGAUUGCCACUUACAAGUUCGCUUCAUUUACAACUAGAAAACUGAGCUCACGCCGUCCAUGGGCUAAGUCCAUAACGAAACGCGUCCUAAAUGCCUUACAACACCGCCGCGAUCCCUCCACGCAAGGAGGCGAGUGGGCGAACUGCCCUGCCCUUGACCAGGAUCAAGAAGAUCAUCCACCUUGAUGAAGAUAUUGCACAAUGUUCUAACAAUGCAGCCUUUCUAAUCGCGGUCGCUACGGAGAUGUUUAUCCGUUACCUUGCAGAACAGAGCUAUAACGUCGUGAAGUCCGAACGAAAGCCACGGAAAACUAUACAGUAUAAGGACCUUGCAACUGCCGUUUCUCGAAUCGAUAAUCUGGAGUUCCUCUCCGACGUCAUCCCGAAAACUACGACGUACAAACAAUUCAAGGAAAAGAGAGCGCGGGAGGCAGCUAAAGAGUCCGAGAGACCCAAAGGUCAGCGUACAUUGAAUAGGAAAGGAUUGGCUGCGAGUGGCGAAUCGGUGACGUCUCGCGAGGAGUCGAUGGUGAACCUGGACGCGAACGGAGCACAGUCUUCGCCUCGCCCGCCAAUGGUCAUACACUCUUCACGGACACGCAGCGCACUUGUAAAUGAGGAGCCUGCGGAUGAGGAACCCGUCGAUAAGGAUGUCAACAUGAGCGGUUGAGGAUUUCAUCACGGCUGGGUUUGCUUGUACCCGGAAUUCGCUAAGGGCCGGGCCGUUUCCGCGGCAGCGACACCUCUGCCAUUCCAAAAUCGAGGCAGCAUUCUGGCGGAUAACGAUAGGUUUAACGCGCAUAAUAGAUGGGCGAUUGUUUGCAGGUUCGGAGAUGAGGAGUUUGGAGCAUGCUAUCAUACCUACAUUGCAGUUUUUAAGGCUGGGUUCUACACAAAAACAGUCAGGUGAAUCGAUUGAUGUGUGUGGUUCGAA